AUAAGAGGUUGUUUCCAGAGUUUGAAUCACAAUUUUACCAGUUACGCCAAUGCUCCCUUUUAAUGUGUUCAUAAUUGUACUGUUAGAUAUGUGUGUCCUCACAAUUAGAUUCACAUUCCUCCUGGAUAUACAAUUUGAUUGGAACAAAUUAUUGAAAUGUCAUUCUCAACCCAAUGGCCUAAUGAAUAAUGCUUCUUGUUUGAUGUGUAUAAUUGUUGUGUACGUGUAUACUCUUGUUCAUUAUAUCCAUCCCUACAAAUCCUCUAAUUUGAUGAUUUACAUGCUAUUAUUUGUUCAUAGAAAGAAACGAAUAUGUACAGAACCAUAUAGUCAAACUAACACAAUUAAUGAAGUAUAGUUUAUUAGAACUUCCAAUCAUUUACCCAUUUUUUAAAAAGAAGUACUUAUGAAAUGGCUUUGGUAUUUCAAACAUACGUGCUUUCCACUUCAUAUUCCAUUCCCUAAGCACCACCACCACGUCUAUGGCACAAUCAUAUAUUUACACACUUCCUCUGUUUCAACAAAACACACACACACACAAUUAUGCCAUCACCAAAAACACUUCCUUCUAAACCACGAAAUGUGGUUGCUCCAGAUAGUUCGUCACCCAGGUUACCUCCUACUCCAGUUCUAUUACAACAACCAUCUCACAAAAAGGGUCAAUGGAAAUCCACAAAACUCUUUCGUCGUGUAAAGUCAGUUUUCCGUUCAUUCCCUGUAAUAAACCCUCCUUGCAAAAUGCCAGUUUCUAACCGUCUGCACGAAGGUCAUAUCCAUGGAGGUAAACAGAUGACAGGUACUCUUUUUGGUUUUCGAAAAGCUAGAGUUAAUCUUUCAAUUCAAGAGAAUCCAAGGGGUGUUCCAUUGCUUGUACUUGAACUGUCCAUACAAACAGGUAAACUCCUCCAGGAUAUGGGAUCAGGACUAGUGAGAAUUGCUCUCGAGUGUGAAAAGAAUCACUCGGAGAAACUCAAACUCAUCGAUGAACCUAUAUGGACUAUGUAUUGCAAUGGACGUAAAGUUGGGUAUGCAGUAAAAAGAGGACCUACAGAAGAUGAUCUUAAAGUAAUGCAGAAUUUGCAUGCUGUAUCAAUGGGAGCUGGCGUUCUACCAUCCGAGUCCUCGGAGGGAGAACUCACGUAUAUGAGAGCUUUCUUUGAACGAACAGUUGGAUCAAAGGACUCAGAGACGUACUAUAUGAUGAAUCCCAAUGGCACCAGCGGUCCUGAGCUCAGUAUUUUUUUCGUUAGGAUUUGAUCCAACAUACACUAUUACGAAACAUCAUUUUUCUUAUGUCUAAUAUGUAAACCUAAAUGAAGAAUAGAAGUUUAUAUCUAAUAUGUCUUUGUUACGUAUAGAAUAUCUUUGAUUGAUGAAUGAAUGAUUUUUUUCUUAAUUGAA